AUGUCCAACGGCCAACGCCAACGCGAUGCCUCGGAUUCGGAAGAAAAAAACAACUUGGUCUCGUAUGUCAAAUCAUGGCGACUAUAUCCCCUAAAACGCCCCUCGACAAGCACAGUGGAAGACUUUAGCACCGGGACAGAUCACUCUCGCAAGUGGAUCAAAGGCGUCGUGCUCUGUUCGUGGGUUAUUGCCGCAGUCCUCGUCGCGAAUAUCAUCCUCACUGUCGCCGCCGUUGUUGUCGCCUAUUCGAAGAACAACGAAAAGAGAUUCUCCGUCGCGUCCCUGUAUAUGGGGAAUUGCUCCGUGGCCAAAAACUCGACCACCGGCGUGCACCUUGUGAUCAACAUCCUGAGCACCGCCAUGCUCGGCGCAAGUAAUUACUGCCUGCAAUGUCUUGCGUCUCCGUCACGAUCGGAAGUGGAUGAAGCGCACGGCCAAAAGACCUGGCUUCAAAUCGGCGUGCCAAAUAUCGUCAGUCUCCUCCGUAACCAACGAGGAAGACGAUGGUAUCUGGGGGCUGUUCUGCUGACCACGUCGCUGCCGAUCCAUCUGAUUUACAAUUCUGCGGUGUUUUUCUCGGUGGGACCGGCUGAAUAUACUGUCGUCGUUGCGCAGGACAAACUCAUCCGCUAUCACGAUAAUUCGACCAUCUUCGAACAAUGCUUCGCUGCGAACGUCGGUAUUGAGCCUCUGCAAUUCAACGCGGCGCUCGAGAAUGAGAGCUUCAAAAUACUCUCUAAAGAAGACUGUAUUGAAACAUUUGCCCAAGAUUAUGCAUCCGGGCAGCGAGCACUCGUCCUGGUAACAAACGCCUCCAUGCCGGACUCAGAGCCAAUAGCUUGGGUGGGGAAGGGGAACUAUCGAAGCUUCGACGUGAAAAGCGACAGUGUCUUCGGAUGGCUAUGUGGCGACGACUAUCGCUGCAGCAAAAGCCAGGCUGAGGGACUCAUCGAGGAUUGGUCAGUCCAGGCACGGAGAUGGUCGACUCCCAGCCUACACGACCACCUGCGCCCCGACAAAAUGCCACGGACAUACCCCAUCGACCACUGCAUGUCGCUGCCAGCCCAGGAAACCUGCCAGCUCUUCUUUAGCCCACUGAUUUGCAUCAUCGUCAUCGGUUGCAAUAUAGUCAAGCUGAUCUGCACACUACUCACCGCGCGCGACAGCAGGGAGGAACUCUUCCUGACUGUCGGAGACGCAAUCUCAUCUUUCUUGACCCAUCCAGACCCGACCACCGAGCGGGCCUGUCUCCUGUCCAAAGCUUCCGUGGAGAAAGGAACGCUGGGAUGGCACAAAUACACGCGCAAGCCCCGUAAGUCUCGACAAUCUGACGCAAAAGAGCCACAACUUCCCGUCUGCCUACCUCCCCGACAAAGAUGGUUUCAAGCCGCGAGUAUAUCACGCUGGCUCUGCACGCUCGCCAUAUUCGUCGCAAUCCUAGUCCCAGCCGGCAUAGUCCUCCGCCUCGGCAUCAUCGACUUCACAAAAUCCUACGGAGGAAACUCCAUCUGGUCCUCCGGCCUCGGCGAAGUCACCACGGCCACAAUCCUCAGCAGCAUGGACAUCCCCGCCACAGCAAGCGGCAUCUUCUCCAUGGUAUUCAUGGCCAACAUCCCGCAGCUGCUCGUCUCCGCAGUCUACUUCCAGUACAACGCCCUCCUAACAUGCAUGCUCAGCGCCGUCGAAUACGACAACUACGCCACGAACCGCAAACCCCUGCGCGUCUCCUGGCCCCGCCCCGACCAGCGCUCGACCUACUACCUCAGCCUUCCCUUCCGCUACAGCCUCCCGCUGCUACUCGUCUCCGCCAUCCUCCACUGGCUCGUCUCCCAGAGCCUGUUCUUCGUGCAAAUCGUCCCCUUCGACCGGAGCGGCGUCCCCCAGCAAUCCGAGCAGGUCGUCACCUGUGGCUAUUCGCCUCUCGCUAUCAUCUGCGCUAUGAUUCUGGGCGUUGCGCUUCUUCUCGGAGUCGGCCUGCUUGGCUUGCGCCGCUUUAAAUCCCGUAUGCCGCUCGCGGGCCAGUGUAGCGCUGCUAUCAGCGCUGCUUGCCAUCCUACAUCUAGUACGGACGAGCAUGCCCUGAAGCCUGUGCAGUGGGGUGAGGUUGAGAUGCCUCGGGCUUUCCCAUGGCACAAUGAGCUUGGGGAUUCUCCUUUGUAUGGGGGCGAGAGUGACGAGCUAGGUCGGCCGACUGAAACGGGUUUCUUUCAUUGUGCUUUCUCGUCGGGCGAGGUAUCUGAACCGAGCGCGGAGCGCUUGUAUGCUUAG